CUCAGACCUAUAAAGCAGCAUUGUCGCGCCUUGGUUAACAAGCAUGUGCCUCGAUCACCUAUCUUGCUUUUUUUCCUCCACAACCCUUCAUUGUCCAAUUUCUUGUUUUUUUGCUCUCCACUUUUUAUUACUUUUUUGACAGGCUUGCCCUUUUUUAUUUGAGAGGCUAAAUUUUUUGCUUUUCAAUCUUUCAAUAUUUAUAUCUGUUUUAGUGUUAUUACCUGCUUGCAACAUAUUGCCGCAUGCAGGACACACAAAAAUCCGGCUCAAGCAACCGUCGGGAUCCCGAAAACAUUGAAAACGCAGAUGUGAGUGCAGAAGAGCACACUGACCCUCGUGAGGGCUGUGGCGAUAAUGGCGACAAUAUUGAAAACAGUCAUAACGGCAGUAACCAAGGUAGUGAUGGUGAACUCCGGAAUCCAGUCGUCACCUUUGUAGGUCUGUCGCAAAGGUCGUCCGCCAACUCUCCUUCUACCGACAGAAUCCCUGGCAUGGCUGUGGGCGAUGUCAUGGCUUGCGCACACGACCCUCCUGAGCAGCAUCCGUCGGCAACUCAGCUGCCAGUCGCGGAUGAGGGUGCCCGUAUGAGAAUAUUCGGUCGGCAUAGCCGACACAAGGCACAGCGGCAACAGCAGGCUGAUACACUGAAUUUGUCAAAGUCGUACUCGACGCUGGAGCGCCUGCGAUCUGAUAUUCGAGAAACGCUGUCAUCCGGCCCCCCACCAGUCAACACCCCCAUUGGUACCAUGCCCGACGCGCAGCACAGCAUGGUCCCACCGCUUUCUGUUGGUACAGGACAACACGGCGAUGUCCCCAUUUCGCCGCAGCAAAGCAUCCAUGCCCACUGGUCGGCUAGUGUGAACCAGUAUCAAUACCAGCAGCCAGAAAUUGCAGCCGAACAGUUGCGCACAUUCCGCAGGCGGUACAGGCGUCGAUCAGAUACAUCCACAAGCAGCGCAAGUGGAAGUGAGAGUAGCAGCAGUGAAAGCAGCAGCAGCAACGACAAUGAUAGCGACAGCAGCAUCUCAGACGCGCCUGACCCCAGGUCGCUAACUACUGGGAUGAACUCCCCGAUGGAGGCCGCUUGGUUCGAGCGAGCGCGGACAUUCUCAGUGCGCAAUGGGCACAGUCAAGCAGAUGCGAACCACAGCACCCUGCACCGGAUGACAGGCUCAGCCCUUUCGCUCCCGCGGGUAACAACUGUCGCGUCAGCCAGGGAAAAGGAUGGCCUUCGGAACCGCAUGGCUUUUGGAAGCGACGAUGGCAACGACAUGCCGGCUCUGGGCCUGGGCCCCGAGAUGACAAACGACUUGCGCAACAUCCAGUUGACUUUUAGCCGCCAGUCGGUAAACAAACAAAAGGCCAGCCCGCUGAAGCACCUCAUCAGGUCCAAGCACAACUUCCGCGCGCUAGUCUCUUAUGGCGGAUACUUGAUUCCUAUCAACGUGUUGCUCAACGUCAUUCUUCUGGGACGCGGCUGGAUGCAGUACAAUGAGGAAGACGCCGAAGGCAAUAGGGUGAGGGUAGAAAAUCCCAGCGCAUACCUGAUUACGUCCAUCAUGUCGCUUGUGCUCAUUGUGGGAAGUGGCGUCUGCUUUAUCCUGCGUUGCCUCGAGUACAGCGUGGUGAUCACCACCAUGACAUCCAUUUUCGCAAACUUUGUCAAUGCCGCUCUGAUCAUUGCCAGCGCCAUCUUCUACCUGAACAAUGAGCGGCCCAAGCACCCAAACGCCCAGCUAACCGGAGAAUAUUACUGCUCAUACGCAGGCGCGGCGGUCGGUCUGCUAAACGCCACACUGCUACUUCUAGAUUUGCUUGUCACCCCUGGAUUUCGGUUUCGCGGCUCAGGAAUGUCUCGCCAGCAACGCUUGCUCCAGUUCAACAUCAUCGUCAUUGUCGUCUGGAUUGGCAUCGGCGGGUACGCGUGGUCAAAGAUUGAGGGCUGGGACACAAUCACCAGCGUCAUGUUUUGCAUGGUCACAGUCACAACCAUCGGCUUUGGCAAUAAGUCGCCGUCUCCUGGCUACUCGCGCAUCUUGCAGCUAAUCUACGGCCCGCUGGGGAUAUUGCUGUUUGGUCUGAUGCUCUUAAACACCCGCGAUGUUGUUAUUCAAAUCACUCGCCGAAAGAUCCGUCUGGCCAAGCGUGACUUUGAGGCCAAGCGCAAGAAGUUCGAGCAAGAUGUGGCGCUCAACCAAGUCAAGCGGCGACUGGCAGCCCGUCUGCCGCAGCGCACCUGGAAAGCCACUCUGAUUGACCUCAAGAGCCGCAUAUUGUUUUCGCGGAGCCACCGCUUGCGCAUUGGCAUCCCGAACUGGCUGCGCAAAAAGUUUGACGAAGAGACCGUUGCCGCGGGCGACUGUGAUUUGGAGGUAGGCAAGCACUUGAACGAAGCUGGCAAGCCGGAAAAUGUCUCGCAGCCGCACGAAACUUUGUCUUUAGAUCCGGUCAUGCAGGCCGAGCAGACGAGUGCAAGGGGAAUGGACUCUCCCAUGUCUGCAACGCGUGACGGGCCUGCCCAGUUGCAGGGGCAAGGAGGCAUCUCCGAACAGCAUGCAGAGCCGACCCCGUUGCCUAUGCUGCGGACCUACACUGCCGCGUCGCGAAUUUCGCAGAUCCGUGAUGCCCUGUCUCAUCAAAGUGCAUGGCAGCGCUUUUAUCGUCGCAUUUUGUACGGCGGUCGCAAGCGCGGCGAAGAUGAGGAUGGCGAUGAUAUGGUGGACGAAGAAAGCGACAGUGAUCAUGGCGGCAAUGACAGCGACGAUAGGAGUCAUCGCAGACAUCGCAGAUAUGAGAACAGCGUGCUCAGCAACGACGAUGAGGACAGCGACUAUUGCAAUAACUUGCAUGCCGAUCAGACGCUGCAGCCCGAGAGCGGCGAUAUGGACGGGAACACAGACAGGCGCUUUAAGCGUGUGAUGUCCAUGGCAUCUGCCGUCGGCACCAAGGUCAAGGACAAAGCCUGGAAAAGGGACAAGGGCAAGCUUGACCAGAGACGCAAGGCGCCUGAAGGGCUCUCUGACCCCGCGAAGUACCUUUUCACCGCCAUACUCAUCAACAUAUGCUUCUGGUGCGCGUCUGCUAGUAUUUUCUAUGCAGUCGAGCGCAGGCAUUGGUCCUACUUUGACGCAUUGUACUUUUGCUAUGUGGCCUACACGACCAUCGGCUACGGCGAUACCGUUCCGAGCACUACAGAGGGAAACAUUGUUUUCAUCUGCCUCAUCUUUGUUGCCGUUGCGCUGGAGACGUUCCUCGUGGUGUCCGCGGUCAACUACUUCACGCAGCUGAUUAACAGAACCAUGCGGCGCACCAGGGUGCAGAAGCGCAUCACUAAGAGGCAGAAGAGUCUUGUCGCCUACGAAAUCCGCCGCCAUAUCAAGCAUCCCAACUACAAUCCAUUCGGUGUCGGCGAGGAGGAUCGUAUGGUGCAGCUUGGUCUCAGCAGGUUGAAGCGGGGCCUGAAGCACGCGGGCAACAUCAUCCGAGGCAAAAAGUCUGCCAAGCAUCUCUUCUCCUCUCAGCGAACUGUCGGCCAGCGCCAGCGCGAUGAGUCGCUCACGGAGGGCUUUAUCAGACAUACGACCGGAAUGGGCGGAUUCAACCCAUCCGGGUGGCAGCCACCAUCGCCGCAAGUUUCACCCAACUUUGCGCCAUCGAUCGUCCAGGAAUACUCGAUGUCACCGCAGCCAACACCGGCUUCUCACUCGUCGGAUGCGGAGAUGUCGACAACUAAUGACGUGGGGUUGUCCAAGUCGGAGACGUAUGGACAUAGCACUACUCCCACCAAGCCUGAGUUCGAUUCCAGGUCCAAUUCGGAUCCCCAGAUAUCCAAAAACGCUUAGUGCGAGCGCCAUGUUUAGAGCAGCGUUAUUUUUUCCAUACACCAUGCACCAUGCACCAUACAUCUUUUCAUUUAAUUGU